AUGCAUUGCAGACNCAAUGCAUGGGCACCUACACAAGAAUGGUUUGACAUGAAGAUGUCUUAUCCUACGGACCAGCAAAGCUCUUGCGUGGUCUUCGUGAAGAUUGGUGAUAGCUGGCCUACAUGCGUUAUAUCCCUGCUUGUCUCAGGCAAACAUCAAGAGUUUGACUUAGUGUUUGAAAGUCCGGUUCAGUCCGGUUUUUUGAUGCCCAGGGGCGUUAACCGUAACCGUAACCGGUCUGCCUUUUCCCCAGAAGUCAAAAGACCAGACCGGACCGCAAAAAGACCGCAGACCGCGGUUUUUUGCGGUCUAUAG